UUACAACUUAAUCCGGCCAACUGGCCGGACCCGUGACUAGUUCUCGAUCAAACGAAAGGACCAUAGUGGUGACGUCCCUACCAAAAAACGUCCAAAACAAGCAGAAAAUUAAACCACAUCCAUGCAACGCUUUCGUUCAGUAACCAAAAGUCCACCUGCAGUUCCGUAUAAGACUAAAUCACUAAACUCAGCUCCACACCGCCAAUGCCCAAAUAUGUAAGGCACUGCAGCAAAAUUCCUCCCUCUCGGUUUGUCCACCAGACAUAAUUUUAUGGUUCAAAUGAAUCUACCAGUGCCGAUCGAGGAUCUUAUCUUUUUACUAUUCACUUACGUUUUGGUCCAGAUCGCGCCUUCUUUUUUUUGCCUAAGCAAUGAUCUCAUCACUCAAUACUGACAAACAUGCGCCUCUCUACCAGCUGCGUGCAAACUUGUUAUAAAAUUAAACCACAGAACCCAACCUACCUUGUCAUCGGCUCAGUAACUGAAACUGCACACAAGAGAAAGAAUAAAAAACCCUUUUCCAGAUGCGUUACAUACAGGAUGGUAGCGGUGGUGUUUUGGUGGUAGCGAUAGUGGCGAUCGUCGCAGCCAAGCUGUGGCAGCUACUAUGGGCACUGCUCUGGAGGCCUUAUGCCUUGACAAAAAAUUUCAGAAACCAGGGAAUCAGAGGUCCUCCUCGCCACUUCUUCCAUGGGUCUCUCCGAGAAGUGAAGGAGCUGACAAGGAACGCCGCCAAGUUGGUGUUGGAUAACUCCUCCAACGACAUCACUCCCAGAAUCAACCCUCACUACGACAAAUGGUUCCCUGAGUAUGGGGAAACACUUGUGUACUGGCAUGGGCUGCUGCCCAGGGUCACAGUUACGGAUCCUGAGCUUGUGAAGCAGAUUUUGUCAAACAAGUUCGGUUUCUAUGUGAAACCCAUGUUCCGGCCUGUGACGGUAAUAGCGAAAGGGCUUGUGCUGCUACAUGGGCCGCAGUGGGCUACAAGGAGGAGGCUUCUCAAUCCUGCCUUCUCCAUGGAAAAGCUCAAGCCAAUGAUGCACAAAAUCGGAUCAUGCACAUUGGAAAUGGUGUCGGAGUGGGGAAACCGUGCAAGAGAAGGCGGCGGGUGCGCCAAGGUAGAAGCGAACGCAGAGUUUCAGAGGCUUACAGCCGACAUAAUUUCUCACACCGCCUUUGGAAGCAGUUACAUUCAAGGGAGAGAAGCCUUCCAAGCGUUGAGACAACUGCAGCUACUCUCAGCAGCCAAAAUCGCAGAUGUUUUCAUCCCUGGAAGCCAGUAUGUUCCUACUCCGUCGAAUAUGGAGAUAUGGAAGCAGGACAGGACACUGAAGAACUCCCUGAUGAACAUCAUACAGGGCAAGGUUGCAGCAUCCAAGUCCAGCGAUGUUGGUUAUGGAGAUGAUCUCCUAGGCAUGAUGAUUGAAGCCUCCGAAACAACCAAAGGUGCCAAGAUGAACAUGAAUGAAAUCAUGGAUGAAUGCAGGACGUUUUACUUCGCCGGCCACGAGACCACCUCCAAUCUUCUGACAUGGACCAUUUUCCUGCUUACCAUGAACCAAGAAUGGCAGCACAAGCUCAGAGAUGAAGUGUUGAGAGAAUGUGGGAUGGAAAUCCCAGAUGCUGAUUCACUAUCCAAGCUUAAGUUGGUGAACAUGGUACUGCUGGAGACAUUGAGACUGUACAGUCCUGCCAUAGAGCUGAUGAGGAUGGCACCACAAGACAUGAAACUGGGGAAAUUGGAGAUUCCCAAGGGGACCAUUCUGUCAAUUCCCGUCCUCAAGAUCCACAGGAGCAAGGAAUUGUGGGGAGAUGAUGCAAACGAGUUCAAACCCAUGAGGUUUGUGAAUGGAGUCUCCAUGGCUGCAACUCACCCCAAUGCUUUCCUCCCCUUUGGAAUGGGUCCAAGAGUCUGCAUCGGCCAGAACUUUGCAAUGAUGGAGGCCAAAUCUGUGCUUGCAUUGCUUCUCCAGAGGUUUUCUUUCACUCUUUCCCCCGAGUAUAAGCAUACUCCUACCAACAACCUCACCUUGCAGCCACAGUAUGGGCUUCCUGUCAUUGUGAAGCCCUUAUAAAUUUUCAAGUCUAUGUAAAGAAUGGGAGAUGGAAGUGGAUAAUUGUUGGAAUAUAAAAGCCUUGGUAAGGGCAUUUAUUGUUUAUUAAGCGAUUAUUUGCAAACUCAUUACUCACAUUGCGAGGAUAUUGUGAUUCAGACUGGGUCAUAUGCUCUUAUAAAAAAAAAAAAAUCUGUCACUUGCUACUACUGCACUUCUUUGGGAGAUUCAUUAAUAACUUGAAAGAGCAAGAAACAAAAUACUUUUCACCUUCUUCAUCGGAAGCAGAAUACAGGGCAUUGACACAAUUCUCGUGUGUGGAGUACAAUGGUUAAAAUCAUUACUUGCAUUUUAUGGAAAGCCUCAUCCAGAACAUGUACAAAUGUUCUGUGAUGGGCAAGAGGAGAAUGGGAUUUGUGGAGUUAAGUGGCUUGAACAGAUACUAGAGAAUGUGAUUAUGUUAUUACUUAUUUCCCGCCAUGAAUGUCAGCGAUUAUGCUAGAGCUUGUUUGAACUACAAAAUUUCAUCGCAAUUAGAUUUCUCUGUUUAGGGAGUUAGAAAUUCUGGCAAUUUGGUGGUCUUGGGCUCUUGGCUUUCUUAUGUAAGCUUAAUUCGAUGGUUUAAUCUGACUUCCGUUGAUUAUUAGUUUCCUUGUUGCAAGCUAGUGGCUGGCAGGGAGAUUGAAUUCAUUGUCUAGCAAUCCAUCAGUUGAUGUCAGGUUAUAAUGCUUCUAAGUUUUUGUUUCAAGUUACACUUGUGGUGUACAUUGAGCCAUCCUGUUUUGAAAGACAAAACCUCGAUUUCUAAUCACUUUUUUGCUUAAGACAUCAAGAAUAAAUUGUAAGAGGAAAAUAUUAGCAGCUUUAUUUUGUCCAAUACUUCCGUGUCUCCAGAGCAUAAACUUCUUGUUUUAUUGUUUACUAUAUGUUGCGGCUAGUUUGCCCUUUGCGGCGAGUGGAAGAUAGCAUCACAAAUAUGUUAUCAUGAAAUAAUUAGUGAACUCAUACAAUAUAACUUCAAAAAUUACAAGAAAAAUCAUUAAGAUGUUGUGGGAGAGGUCCGUAGUAAUUUUCAUUCGCUGGCCAAUAAAGUUAUGAAUUAGCG